AUGUCGCUUGAUGACAUCAUAGGAGCGUUGGAGGCCCACAAAGUCAGCUUGAAUAUUACAAAGACAAACAACGUGGUCGCCGCUGCUGCCACCCCCAAACGUUUUGGAUGCUCUCACUGUGGGAAACACGGCCACCGUUCUUCCGAUUGCUACCAAUUGAAAAACAAAGGGAAAGCCAAGGCUGGAGCUGUCACCAUGUUACAAAUCAGGAUCUUUCAACAAUGA